CCGUCCGGUGCCAGCCUCUAAAUCUUAAAUCCAAAGGGAUUUUUACGGUGAGAGGGUCGACGGCGACGAGGACGACUCAGAUCUAUGCCGGGAAAAUACGAAGUUACGGAUCUCCCCUCCACCCUCUCAUCAGUCAACACAAUAUCUCCCCUGGGGGGUUUUGCAUGCUGUUAAUGGUUGGAGUUUGAUCAAGAAUGCGAUACCUCUUCAAACUAACUGCAAGUUAUGGAACUGUCAAAGAAGAUGAAGAGGGGGUAUCUUUUGAAGAAUUCAAUCGCUUUCGUGUGCGUUGUUGUGUCUGUCUGUUGUCUUUUUGUUGUUAUCAUUUCGAUGCUUCGGGUUCCUGAAGUACCAGUUGAAAGUAGGGCAGUUGGGUUGUACCGAGCUAAGAAAUUGGGAAAACUUCCCGAGAGUGAGAAGAUUAUUGGGAGGUUUGGGGAGAUGAUGAUGGAGAUGUUGCCUGAGGAUCUUGCUUUUACUGUCUUUGUCCCUUCCCAGAAAGCUUUCGAGCGUGAUUUGAGGCUACGGGUGAAUGAUAGUAUGGUGGGGGAGAAGAUGAAUGAUACGUAUGCAAUAGUUUCUCGGAUAUUGGGUUUCUCAGCUGUUCCUCGGACUCUUUCAUCGGUUACUGUACCAUUUGACAGGGAGGUCUCUUAUGAUUCAAUUUCUGGGUUUACGUUGUACAUUUCAAAAGAUACAGAUGGAAUGCUAGUUGUUAACAGGAUUCGGUCAGAAAGGGUUGAUCUUAGAAAGGGAGAGAUUGUUGUCCAUCUUAUGGAUGGAGUCGUCAUGGAUGCUGAGUUCGAGCAAUCGGUUCGAGCUGAUUACAAUGAAGAAGAAUGACUGGAAAUGACCCAUCAGAGCUUAAAAAUAUUAU